UAGAUUUGUUCAAACUCCUUUUGGUUCGGUUCUCUUAACAAAAUAUAUCUAUAUAUAGGGAAACAAAACGAGACCAGACACCAGACUCUGUUCGUAUUUGAGAAAAGCGACUGUCAGGUCCCUAGUCCCUAUACUGUUGUCAGGUGCAGAGAGAGAUCAGAGAUGAUUCAGAGAUGUAUUAAAAACGCAGUACGAUACCUAUACAUUUGCAUUGCCGUUGGACUCUGCCGGAGUUCUACAUCGUUUUGGUGGUCACUUUUUUUUUUAAGGUAGUUUAUUCUGUCUAUAGAAUAUAUGCCUUUUUAAAGAAUUUUAUACGGUUAGCUCCUAUAAUUACAAGGUAAUAUAAGACAAUGGAAGGCAACAACUCGUACACGAUGAUCAAGGACAUAAGACCUGGUUUGAAAAACAUUAACGUCGUGUUUAUCAUCCUCGAAGUUAGCCAUCCCACCAUAACCAAAGACAACCGCGAAGUUCGAACGUUCAAAGUUGCUGACAGCACAGCAAGUAUCAAUGUAUCAAUCUGGGAUGAGCCAGGCCAGCUCCUCAUGCCUGGUGACAUUGUUAGACUGACCAAGGGUUAUGCUUCAGUCUGGAGGCAGUGCCUGACGCUGUAUUCUGGUAAAAAUGGUGACAUACAGAAAAUUGGCGAAUUCUGUAUGGUUAUCAAUGAACAGCUCAACAUGAGCGAGCCAAAUCCAGCUCUGGCGCAACAACUAGUCAAUCAAGGUUCAUCAGGCUCAACUAGCAACACCAACACUUCAAACAAUGGACCUGCAGUAAGACCUCCACACCAUAAAACAGCACUGGGAAGCACAGCAGUGCCAUCAACUUCCACACUUACAAGUAACGUAGGUCCAACCGGAAAAAACAAUAAUGGUGGGGGUUCCAACAAUUCUUCUCAGACAUUGAGCUCAACCCAAAGCGGUUCAUUGACUCCAUCAUCAGCAUCAGCAUCGACGGCAGCAACAGGAGCUUCGAGUGCAUCAUCAAGCGGCAAAUCAUCGGCCAAAAGUGGACAUCGAGGUCGUGGUGGUUAUAGCAGAAAUGGUAGGAAUAGCGAUCGCAGAUAACACCAAUUCUCGCUGAUCCAAUUUACUUGCUCAUAUGAAAUUGAAGCUCAUUGCUAAUUACCAAGGAAUCAAUCAACUUUAUACUGUAAAAAAGUCCCGAAUUGCCAAUGAUUUGGUGUAAAUAUCUGGAUUACGUUCAUACUCAGAGAUGUGUCGUAUCGAUCCAACAACUCGUCUUGUUUGUGUGUGCACAAGAAGAAAAGACGUUUAUUGUGUAUAUUUGUGCAUUGAAAUUAAUUUUUAUAUCCUGUUAUUCAUGUGUAGCCCAAAUAUUUUGAUACUUUGGCAUAAUGUACAUCAUAUAUACAGCUUUUUAAGUAAAUUUAUUAAUUUUUGCAAACACGAAACAGUGUAAUAUAAAAAGGUGUAAGAUAUUCCUUUGGAGUAUUCGCGUCGUAAAAAAUGGUGAUGUUCAACAUAUAAAAGAAACAUAAAUACUUGAUAUGUUUAUAAGUACUUUUGUUUGAAAACGUAAUACUUACAACGCUUGAAAAUGAAACUGCAAACUGAUGCAUUUUUUUUGUUACAAUUUUCGAAAGGUAUAAGAUGCUACUAAAAGUACUUGCACAAUUUAUUUUUCGACCUACAAGUACAGAGCCAGACUGCUGAAAAAAAACGGAAAGAUAUUUUCAAGGUGUUAAUUAAUUUAUACAUUUUUGCAAUAAUAUGUCUUGUAUGACACUUUCAUUUAUAAACAAAUUAAAGACAAAUUAAAAACGUUUUAGCGGCUCAUCACUGCCCCAGUUCCAAUCUUCCUUCUUUAGUACAUCACAUCACGUUUUAAAAAAAUAGUGUAAAAUUACUAAAUGCUUAUUCUAGAAAAAAUCCGAUCCUUGUUGAAUGUGGUGAAAGUACUAUGCAAUUCAUUUUUAGUUGUAACUAUAAUUUAAAUUAGUAUUAUCAUUACU